UAGCGUUCUCUCUUGUUUUUUUUGUUCCCGUGCUUAUCGAACUCUGGCUAAUUUAAAUCAACUUGAGUCGCUAACUAUAUCUUUACAACCAAACGGAUCUCUAAAAAGACUUUUUAACCUUCUUGCUGACGAAGAACAAUAUCGAAAUUUACAGGCAGAUAUUUCCAUUGAUGAAGCUACCGCAAACAAUUUGAAAACCUUGCAAACGAUAUCUAGAUACUGGUAUAGGCCAAGUCAUCAAUGUGAAGAUAUUUUACAAAAUCUUUACAAAAAUUUGCGUCUUCAUGGAAUCUCCAUGUGGGGUCUUCUCAAGGAACUAAAAGUUUUAUCCAGUCUUCAAAGCUUGUUUUUGGAUAACUCAAAUUUAGAUUUUUUAGAUAUUGUUGAGGUGACUAAAAUAAGUUGGCUGAAACAUUUAAGACUCGGCCUUACCGAUAAAAAAUGCAUCUUAAUACUGAUCCAAUUAAAAAAUCUGGAAGUCUUGGAAAUCACAUCGACUCAUCACGCAGCGGAAGAUGAAAGCAACUUUAUUCUUCCAUUUCUCGAAUCUUGCCAAAAUCUUAGAUCUAUAACUCUUCAUCGAUACUAUGACUUCUUAAGUAAGGAUUAUCUCAACGGAAUCUUAACAAUUAUAAAGCUCCUUAAAGACCCUGAGAUUAAUCCGCCAUUUGAAUUAAUUGGAAUGUGGUGUGAUUUCGAGAGUCUAAAUCAGCUACACGGAUAUGAUGACGCCUUCCUGCAGCUGAGACGCAUUAAACAAGAAGAAUUUGAGUCUGAUGAAGAUGACAUCGUGUUAAAUGACGACUUUUGGAAAAAGUUCGAAAAGGACAUAAUCAAUUACAAUGACAAUAGUUCGGACUCCGAUGAAGAAAACAAUUAAAUUAAUCUGACAAAUUUUAAUUUAAACGAUUUGAUUAAUUAUUAUGGACUAAAACCCA